AUGGCAAUGUUAAAGCUAUUCUUCCUUUUCAUGCACGUUGUUUCUCUGUUGUGCUUGCAAUCUGGCUCUUCUUUUGUAGCUGGCUUUAUGCAAGGCGGGAACGAGACUGACCGUCUAGCCUUGCUUGCAUUCAAAGCAGCCAUAACUAGUGAUCCCUUUGGAGCUCUGAACUCGUGGAAUGAAUCCAUCCACUUUUGUCAAUGGGUUGGUGUAAAAUGUGGCCGCCAACACCAGAGGGUCACCGGGUUGAGGAAUGAUCAUAAGAAACUAUCGGGGUCUGUUUCGCCCCACAUCGGAAAUCUGAGCUUUCUCAGGAAUCUAUGGCUUCGCAACAACAGCUUGAGUGGCGAAAUCCCCCAGAACUCAGCCACUUGCGAAGACUACAAAGAAUAUCAUUGGCUGACAGGGAAUAUUCCUACGGAGAUCGGUUCUUUGAGUAAGCUCGAGGGGCUGUAUAUUGCGAAAAACAAUCUAGUAGGAAGUUUGCCUUCUAUUCUUGGGAAUCUAUCUUCUCUUACAAUUAUUUUUGCAACUAACAAUAAGAUUGGCAAUAAUGUGCCGGAUACUCUUGGUGGGUGGAAAAAAUUGAAAGCUCUUCAAUUAGGGUUGAACAAUUUGGUUGGUACCAUUCCUUUCUCAAUCUAUAAUCUCUCUUCUAUCGAAAUCUUUGAAGUUUCAGAAAACCAAAUUGAAGGCAGCCUUCCCUCAGACCUAGGAAUCACUCUUCCUAAUCUCCAAGUCCUAACUAUUGCUAGUAACUUGUUUACUGGUUCCAUUCCUAUCACAAUAUCCAAUGCCACCAAACUAGCUUACCUGUUCUUGGGGCGAAACAAAUUUAUAGAAAAAGUCCCUUCUUUGGAAAAUGUGCCUGAUCUUACGAGUAUAGUGCUUGAAGUUAAUCUUCUAGGAACAGGGGAAGUGGAUGACUUGAGCUUUCUUGACACUUUGACCAAUGCCACUAGAUUGUCCGUCAUGGGUCUAGCCACCAACAACUUUGGAGGUGUGUUGCCUGAAUCAAUCAGCAAUUUUUCCACUAAAUUUUAG